UUUACGAGAGGGCGAGCUGGAGUGAGCGGCGGUGGGCUGCUGCGGGAGGAGGGUCGAGGCCCAGGGCCCUACGGAUUGCCGCCGGGCUCAGCCGGCCGAACAAAGAGACCGCCGGGAGCCGCUGGCAUCCACACGCGCGUCCUCGCUCUCCGUGACGGUGCAAGCGGGUGUUCGUAGCAGUUUUCCUGGGGGUCGGUGCGAGGAGCUCCGGCCGCCACCGCCUUCCGCGAGCCUCUGCCCGGUCCCGGCCCGCGCCGCUCCCGGGCGUGGGGGCCCGGGCGGCUUCUCGUCCUUCGGCGCCGCGGCACCUGCGAAGGGCCCCGCAGCGGGUUGGCCUCGCGUGAUGGGGCUGCUCUUCGCCAAGCUGUGGAGCCUUUUCUGUAACCAAGAGCACAAAGUAAUUAUAGUGGGAUUGGAUAAUGCAGGGAAAACCACCAUUCUCUAUCAGUUCUUGAUGAAUGAAGUGGUCCAUACCUCUCCAACCAUAGGAAGCAAUGUUGAAGAAAUAGUUGUGAAGAACACUCAUUUUCUUAUGUGGGAUAUUGGUGGACAAGAGUCACUGCGGUCAUCAUGGAAUACUUACUACUCUAACACAGAGUUCAUCAUUCUUGUCGUUGAUAGCAUUGACAGAGAACGACUGGCUAUUACUAGAGAAGAGCUUUAUAGAAUGCUGGCUCAUGAGGAUUUACGGAAGGCUGCUGUUCUCAUCUUUGCAAAUAAGCAAGACAUGAAGGGGUGUAUGACGGCAGCUGAAAUCUCUAAGUACCUCACUCUUAGUUCCAUUAAGGAUCAUCCAUGGCAUAUUCAGUCUUGCUGUGCUUUAACAGGAGAAGGGUUAUGCCAAGGUCUAGAGUGGAUGACCUCCCGAAUUGGUGUGAGCUAACUUUUUGUUCAAGAAAGACUGCUUCUAUUUAUUCUGUGGACAUGAACAUAUUUCCUGGUACUUUUGACUGCUUAGGCAGCAGCAUGUUUAAUUUAUAACAACACAAACCUCUAUGAGCAACACUUGAAUCAAGUGCAGCUGAACUGGAACAUAAGAUUUUUCUUAACAUUUUUAAAAUGCACUAAUCCUCAGUUGGAUGAACAUAAUGUGUCUGUGUUUCAGCAACAAAGUUCUCCUGACUACUUAUCCUAAUGCAUUCAAGGAUGGCCUUGCCAGAAACGUUUGUCAUAAUGUUUUAUACUUUCUGUAAUAUUGAAAACCUACUAUUUAUCUGAACCUAACACGCCCAUUUUCAUUUAUUAAGUUUUAGGCAAAUGUUGAUCUGGAAGAACACUAGAAAUCACAGACUAAUGUUUGUAGAUUUCUUUGGGUCUAAAGAUUAUCUCUCUUUUUUUAAUAUUAUCCAUCCUUUGUGUGCAGAAAUUUAACCCAAUGAAAAAUGUGUAUGAGUGAUAUCUGGAAUCCUAAGAGUUGUGACAAUUUACCCACCAAUGGGUAAAUGUCCUCACCUCAAUGCAUGUCAUAGAAGAAUUUGUUAAAUUUUUAAGUAUGGCUUUUUAAGGUUUCAUGUUUCUUGUUCUUGGCCUAUAGAAUUAUGAUUAAUUUUCUAUCUGUAUGACUUGGGGAAAGGGUUUAGAUAUAUAUGUGUGUGUGACCUUAAAGUUGGCCAAAAAAAAAAAAAAAAAAACUGAAUCAGGAUGAGAGAUUAUUUGAGAGUGAAGGUUUGAUAUAAAGUUUGGCAGCUCUUUCUGACAUUUUAUGUAUAAAUUCCACAUUAAUUAGUAUACAUUUAUAUAGGAAGUCAUGAAAACAUACCAGCAGUAAAUUAAAACAGAUCACUUUAAAAUAUGUUUUACUAUCAGAGACAGCCAUACAAACCACACCAUUUCCAAGUGAUCAGUAUAUAAGGAGUAGUAGCAACACAGCUCUAAGUCAUAUAAUUUGGGCAAUAUUAAGCCUAAGUGAGUAAAUAGGCCAUUUCAUAAUUGAUCAUAUAUAAAGUGUGUAUGUCUACAAUAAUAUGUCUACCACCAGCAGUACAUUACAUGGAAAGUAUGUGGCUUUUAAAAAACCUGUUUUGAUGUUUUUAUUAAAGUAGGUUUGAAACAAUUGCCAUGUAGGUAGGUAGGUAGCCUUCAUUUUCUAAAGCCUUACUUUCUAUUAUCCAAAUUCCAGGCAGCUGCUGAAAAUAAAACAAGUGUUCAUCAGAUUGCUUUUAGAUUCAUAGUUAAUAUGAUAGCAUUUAUUAAUCAUCUAGUGUUUAGAAAAAGGAAACAAUAACAUCCCAUUAGUUGUCUGAUUUAUUAAAGAGUGAUAAAAAUGAAAAGUUUUCAAGAAAUAGGAACUAUUUUCAAAAUGAUACCAAACACUUAGUUGAGAAGGGAAAGUAUAGAAUUUCAAUGUUAAUUUUGCUUCAAGUUAUUUUUACUCAAGUAAAAAGGCCAAAAUACAUAUUUUUAUUGAAGAACAUCACUUUAAUUCAUCAGUAUUUAAUUUAUUUGGGUAAAAAAAAAAGAUUCAGUAUUCAUGAGUACUCAUAAUUGAUCUCUUAAAUUUUAAGUUCUCAUUAAAACAUUUAAGCCAGUUAUCUUUUAUUAUUGUUUUUAGUUGUCAUGGCUUUCUUAUAUUUAGUUAAACUAUAUUUAGUAAUGCUUUCUUGAUUUCCAUUUGGUGACAGCACAUACUAGGACCGAAAAUGUUCAGUGUGAAGGUUUUCACCUUUUAGGAAUCAAUUUUUAUUUUCAUCUAAUAUCUAGUUUUCUAAUUUGUGUGUUUUGAACCUUUUUCUUAGAGUUUUAUGCUUAGUAACGGGAAAAAUGAUUUUUUAGCAUAAUCAAAACCAUAAGAGGGAAGGAAAAGCAAACAAAUUGAUAUGCAUGCUUAUGGGGUAAAAUUGUAAAUACCAUUUCAGCAAAAGUACACCAUGCCUGUGGUUAUUUUUUACUUUGGUUACACUAUUUAUCUUUAAGUAAAUAGUGGGAAGAGAAAAAAGAAGUUAUUUUUUCCCCCUAAAACUUUACAGCAUAUUCAGUACACCUAAAUGUAUUCUUAAAGGAAAAAUUGGUAAACUUACUGCCUAAGAGAUGAUUGGCUGGCUCAAUUUUCUGUCAAACUGUAAAAAUUUAAAAAUAUAAUCGGCAUUAUAUUAAACCAUUUAAAAUAGUUUAUUAUAUUUUGGUAAACAUCUAUCCAUAGAAAUUUUUCAUUUCUAUAGAAAUGCAAUAUGGCUUUUGUUUUCGAGAUUCUAUUUUUAAAUGGCUUGUUUAGGAGUUAUUUCAUGUUGAUGGGGUAUUAUUGAAAAGAACAAUUCUGUUAAGAUUCUGUGUCAACUUUUGGCAAAAGUUCAACUAUGAAAUUCAUACAAAACUUUAAAAAGUAUUUUAAAUGUUUAAAUUAGGUGUUGUUUUAUUUCACAGUAACAUAAAAUUUAGUUAUCCUUUACUCCAAGAGAAUGUUUUGGCACAAAAGUAUAGUAAGCAUACCAUUUAUUGUAAUACAUCAUUAGUCUUUCACAUUUUAUUAUGAAUCCAGCGUGAUAGGAAAGAUGCGUCAUCAUAAUUGCUUAGUGCCUUGAUUUAUAUUUUAGUCAAAUUAUGUUUUCAAAGAAAAACAAAUUUAAAAAAUUGCUGAUUAACAUUAUGCUUAUUAGAAUUUAUGCAAAGAAACAAAUUCCAGUUAGCCUAACUCCCAGUAACUUAAUAAAUGAACUGAUUUGAGUUUUCUAAACUAUAGUUCUCUUUCUAUAUUACUCUAAUGACACUUCUUACAAGCAGUGGAAAAGGGAAUUGAGAGUCUCUCACAAAAUCCAUGAAAGCUGAUGAUAAUAUUUAGUUUACUUAUUUUGUUUUCAGGUAGAGGAUGAAGAAAUAAAGUCUUGACCACAGAUUUAUAUGUACUGUUUUGAAUGAUAAUUAAGCUUCCUUUCAUAUACAUGUGAAGAUUGGGUAGGGAUUUUUCAAAGUUGUAUUUUCUCUUUAAGCCCAUAAUUCCUAACAAAAGAAGGUAGUGAUAUGAGGAGGCUUUUUUUUGAAAACAACUACCACUCUGACUGGUGAAAAAAUAUAUUUGAUCCUUUUGGAAUCAUAAGAAAUAUUUUGCAUUUCAAAAUGUAACUUAACUCCUUUAUAUCCAAAAUUUUAAAAACUCUUUAAUAAUAUCUAUAUUAGAAUUUUGACCUCUUGAAUUGAUUGUGACUAUAAUAUACUUUUCUUUUUUAUGUUCAUUUGUGAGAAAGUAAGGUUAGUGAGAAUGAUCUUCCUAUACAUUGAAUUUUCUUAUAAGAAUCAGUCUACUGGUCCCCCGUGAUUCACUACAAUACUGAAAGUAUUUUGAAAAUGGUGACCUUGGCUCAUGGUGGUCUUAGUUGAACAUAAUACAUUUUUCUGAAUUUGUAAUGCAAAGAGAAAAUGGUUUGUUUCCUGUGGAAACAGAGCCUUGUAUAAAAUAGCUUUAGGCUCUUAGACUAUUGAUAAAAACAAUAAAAUCUUUUUGGAUCAUACAUAGAAAUUUCAGUGAGUUCUGUUCUUUUGAAAUGAGGUUCCUAAUGCAAAGUAUGCAAAAGGAACUAGUGAUUACUAGGCAGUUUUUGAAUGUUUUUAGAAGUACAUUUAAAGUGUCCUCAUCUAAUUCUUGAUUGUAUGUAUUGUGUGUGUGUAAUAGGAAAAACUGGGAUUGUGUCUGUGAGUAAUUACAUUCAUUGGCAUUUAUCUUGUGAAGUUUGAUUGACUACAUGAGGCUGAGUUGCACAGUACACUAGAAAUGUUCAAAUUUUAGCCUUAAUUUUUAUCCACUUUUAAAGUGCCCUUUAAAAUGUUGUCAGAGUCAAGAAUAUUUACAAGUUUACUCUGAUACAAAUGGAUUUUAAGGCCAGAUAUUGAGGUAGUUUUUUUUUUUUUUUUUUAAAGAGAGUUAUAUGAAAUACAACUUGCUUCUUUGCUGAUUUAUUCAAAGCCCUUUGUCCUUUUGUCUCCUCUGGGAUUUGCCUGGAGUAGAUGAAGCAAACAUGAAAUAAUCACUGUGUAACAUAUAUGCAUGUCAUUUUUGACUCAGGUGAACAAAAUCACCAUAAUAUUGUUGAAAAAAUAUUGCAAAGCUUUGCAAAAGCGACAAUAUUAUUUGCAAGCACUGUGUGGAAAUUCAACUUUUCUUGAGAGUUUUCCUUGUCGGAAUGCAAGUGGUACAAAAGUGCCAUCUUAUUUGGCUUUUACUAGCUCCUAAGAACUUCAGCAUGGGUGUAAAACCAGCAUUUUAAAUUUGAGAUUGAGUCUUACAUUAAUUGUAUUUCAUAUUUAGAAGUUUUCCCAAUGGUGUCUCUCUUGUCUACAUCUGCUUAUUAUGAAUUUAUGCUUGCAUGCUAAUAUUUCCAAAGAUAGUAUUCUAUUAUAGCACUCAGGACUUUGAAUUAGUUACACAGGGCCUGACCAAGAGUAUACUCACCACUGUUAGAAAUACAAACAAUUGUCUAAGCAAAUAACAAGGUACACAAUGCCUAAUGAGGACACUUAAGCAGACUACAAAAGUAAAGUGAAUGCUUUCAUAGAAAGAUCAACAGUGUGUUAGGAAAUUCUGUUCAUGGAAGUAUUGAAUUCUUACAUUUUGAAGCACUUAAAAGUUUCUGAGAAGCACAAUCUUUUUAGAUCAGAACAAGGUAACCCUAAAAUGUCUUUCUGCACAUCUUUACCUGGCAACAUGACAGUAAAAAAGCAAAUGUUUAAGGAUUUAGCAACAUAGUUAUACCAAGGGGCAUCCUGUGCAUUUUUGUCAGAAAACUAUAUGUCUUUCUAAUAAAUGUAGAUUGAAACAAUGUUCACCUCAUUAGUCUCUUGAAAUGGAACAUGUGUUUUGGGAGCAAGUGGAAGUUGCAAGAAUUUUUAUUGUAUGAUCUUGUAGGAUUUGGGAUCAUAAAUUUACCUCAUUAAUCACCAGGUGGUGCUUUGAUCAAGUUGUGACAUAUCAUUAUGUGAAUUUUGUAGUGUUUGUUUUUAAAACUGUAUUUGAAACAGUACAACUUUUAAAUUAAGAGGGAACGUACCUUUUUUUAAAAAAAAUGUAUUUGCAGUAGCAGAAUUUAUAGUAGCAGAUAAGUUUUAGAUAAACUAAGAUAGGAAGUGUUCACAUUUCAAGGACAGGACAAAUUGUAAAGCUUGAUUAAUUUCAUACUACAAUGUAUUUCCCCCUAUGUUUGUGAGGAGGUGUCAAAUGAGUAUCCUUUUAUCUCCAUUUCCACAAAGCUCACUUGUUCAUUUUGAAUUCUUAAAAAAAAGAAAUUUAUCUAUAAUUACUCUUAAGUGUAGGAAAUAUGAAUCCCCCUGAUAUGUUCUCUUGGAGUAAACUGUUCAGUCCAGAAGCAGUGACUGGGUUUUUUAUUUGAUAAAGAUAUUUAACUGCUGCUAUUUGAUUCAAGGAUAAACAAUUAUGGUUAUGAUUUUUAAGCUUAUGUAGUAGCUAAGAUAGAUUUUCCAUUUGCAUCAAUAUGAUGGAGCUUUUUUUUUUUUUUCCAGAACUGUCCAUAAAGCAAAGACACCCUUGCCCCACCAUUUAUUCCAAUCUGGUUUGAUGUAAUGAUUAUAUUUGCACAUCGCCAUCUUGACAUAAAUGGGUGCUUAGAGUUAAAGUGGGAGCAGCAGGCUCUGUGUAUAGCUUGCUAUUUGCCUUAGAAUGUAAUACCAUUUCAAAUAUUUAUGUUUUAUAUGAUAUGUGUACAUUUCUCAAGAUUUAAAAGUGAAUAGUUGUCAUCCACCAAGCAUCAGAUUUCUCUAAAAACCAUAAUGUCUCUUCUGAUCAGCUCAUUGGUUAGAAAAUGGUGCUAAUGAGGCCAAAGUCAUGGUUUGGAUCCCUCUGUGGGCCACUUAAUUUUGCACAAAAAAAGUUCCAUAGCAACAGACUCUGCCCUUGACCCCAACCAGCUGACUCAUAGCUAUGUGCCAUUAUUCAUAAUAGGAAUUAAGAACAUGUGAAUGAUUCUGUGCAAACCUAUUACCACUGCUGGAACAACAAAUUCAAAGCAUAUUCUAAUUUAGGGAGCAUUUAUCUCCAUAUUUAUAAGGUAGCAAAAUGUCAAUGAAAAAUUCAAAACUGCAUUCCUUUGUGGGGGAAGCUUACGUUGGGGAGGUAUGGCAGAGUUUUGUCUGGUGAAAGAGAAUGGGUUUUCUUUCUGCUGUUGUGUUUUAGUGGAUUGUUUGCAUGACUACUUACCCAACUAAAGGGAUGCUGUUUGCUCUGGAAUGUCCCAUCUUUUUUCAAACAGGUUUUAGCUUCUUUGCAAUCACAGUGCAAUAUUGUGUACUAUUCAUGUGUUUUCAGUCAACAGUUUAUUUUUGUCAUAAUAAAUAAUUACUUUUUCAAUA